ACGAUUUAUUAUAAAAGCCCCAGGACGAAUCAGGGCCAUGGCCAUCUGUUUCUUUUUUCUCUCCGGUUAAGUAGGAUUGUAGGAAUAGCGAAUAACGGGAGAGAAACAAAUGGCGUCGUGGAAUUCGAUUCCGCUGGAAAUCACUUACGAAACUCUUGGUUGGAUCUCUUUCAUUUCAUGGUCCGUCAGUUUCUACCCUCAAGUCAUCUUAAAUUUCCGCCGCAAAAGUGUUAUAGGUUUGAACUUUGAUUUCGUGGUGCUUAAUUUGACGAAGCACUCCUCCUACUUGAUCUACAAUGUCUGUCUCUACUUUAGCCCCGCUAUUCAGAAACAGUACUUUCAGAAGUACGGCUACGAUCAGAUGAUUCCUGUGGCUGCAAAUGAUGUGGCGUUUUCUAUACAUGCUGUUCUGUUGACAGAGAUCACCUUGUUGCAAAUUGCAAUCUAUGAACGUGGAGUUCAAAAAGUCUCUAAGACAUCUCUCACGAUUGUAUCUGCUGUGUGGUUAACUGCUGCAGUUUGUUUCUUCGUGGCUCUGCCUAGUCAUUCUUGGCUUUGGCUUUUAAACAUCUUUAACUCAAUUCAAGUUUUUAUGACACUUGUAAAGUACAUUCCCCAGGCAGUGAUGAACUUUAGGCGAAAGAGUACAGAUGGAUUCAGCAUUGGGAAUAUAUUACUUGAUUUUGUUGGAGGGUGUACAAAUUAUACUCAGAUGAUAGUGCAGUCUAUUGAUCAAAAUUCUUGGGUUAACUUCUAUGGCAAUAUAGGGAAGACAUUGCUAUCUUUGGUGUCGGUUUUCUUUGACAUCAUAUUCAUGUGUCAACAUUAUCUUUUAUAUCCGGCCAAGAAAGCAGUAAUCGCUCCUAAACUCAAGAAAGACGUUUCAGACCCACUUCUUAAGUCCUCUGAUUCUGAUCACCCUGAGCUAGAAAAUGUGUAAUGCUCACAAAUCACUACUGAUUGUAAUUUACAAGGAAGAGACCUAUGUACGAUACUGUACAAAAUUACACUGUUUCCACAACAGUCUUCUGUUUGAUUUUCUCAAUAUUUGUACAGAAGAUACUGGAAAUUGCUAUAAAGUAUAAAAUGUAAUUUUAAAAAGGUAUUCAUAGUAAAGCAGCUUCACCAUAUUAUUAA